GCCACGGAUGAGGAGCUGUCAUCACUGCGCAUCCAAAGCAUUUUCACACCUCAACAAAUAAGGCCUCAAAGGAAGCGACAAGCCAUUCAGAUCUUCUCGUUCACUUGUCCAAAGAAAACACUCAGCAAAAUGAAAACUGAAGCACGGCAGCUAAUUGUGCUUUGACAGAGUUUAGGCAGUCGAGUUUUUAUUGUUUGAAUCUUUCAUCAUUGUCGCAUCCGUGUGGAUGAUUUUUUGAUUUCAAAAGCGUGUGGACUAAGCAUGGUGGAUUUUGGAGCAUCUCAGUACGGGGACAACACCAAACGUUUCACAGUUAGUCACCUCUUGGAUUUACCGCGAAAUGGUUGCUGUUUUAUUCCAGAAGAAGUAAACACAUUACCUCAGGCUGCUGACUUGGAAGAUGGGGAUAAAACAGAGGAUGAAACGGGCGAAGGAGAGAAUAGCAGGAAAAAGCCGAGAAGAAACAGAACUACUUUCACAACACAGCAGCUGAAUGCUUUAGAAAAAAUUUUUGAAAGGACUCAUUAUCCUGAUGCUUUUGUGAGAGAAGAAUUAGCCAGAAAAGUUAACCUGAGUGAAGCUAGGGUACAAGUGUGGUUUCAGAAUCGACGAGCUAAAUUCCGACGUAAUGAGAGAACUAUUUUAGCCCAAAGAAAUCAACUCCGUCCUCCUCUACCUAGUGUGGAGCAACCUGUUGUACCACGACCCACUGCUAUUAUACCAUGGAAAGCACCUGCCAACUACUGUACUGGACAUACUUCGGGGGCUACCCUUCAUUACGCUAUGCCACCUUUACAUGAAUAUUAUCCUGCACAUCCCUGAAGUAUUAUGCUUUAGGAAUAGGACUGGAAUAAAGAACUACUGAAAACUUUUAGUUGUUGAAGAAAACAAGACCCUGUAAAGUAAUUACAGUACAUUUGUGUUACAUUGUCCCUUUCACGUCUUAAAAGUUGUGUUAAAUAUUAUCAGCAGUCAUAAAGAGAGAUGGACUUAAUCAUUUUUACAAAUCGAAAUACCUAAGGAUGCUACAAUGUAUAAAUAUUUUCUUUCUGUACACAUUGUAAAGAUACCAUCUUAUCUUGCCUUUGACGGAAAUACUUCAGAAUUGGUCUUACUUAACAUCCGCCCAACAGUAGCAAAGAAUUCUCAUUGUCAUCAUUUGGUACAGCUUUGGCUUGACAAGCUGUACAUACUCAGAAGCAUUAAAUGUAUCAUAAGUCUUAAGUAAUCAAAAGUUUAAUAAUUGAUCAAAAUAUCACUAAACACAGACAAAAUUAUUAUAUUAAUUUUUUAUCCAUUUCAUUCAUUAAGUUUCAAUAUUAAUGUAAUUGAAGAAAGUAAAUUGUUGCAUCGCUUCCAUGAAAAUGAAAUA